AUGUCAUCAUCCAAAACAACAUCGGGGUUAUUCUUACUCUUUCCGGGACGACAUUUACUGACCACCAAUUUUCAAUUUUCAUACUUGCUGAAUCAUUUAUGUAGACCCGUAUCGGAAUGGACUGAUUUUUAUAAUCAUGCUUUUCAUACGCAAUUAAAUGAUCAUCAUCACGUCUCCCAUGUUGUGUUUUGUGUGACUUCGGCCAAUCAGCAAAAUUCCAGAUACAAUCCAAUACCAUUCUACGUGAGAUCCAUUGGCUUAGAUCGCUUCGGACAAGAAUUAGUGAAGGCUUACGCCACUGAGAAUUUGAUUUCUCAAAUCUCGAGAGUGAAUCGAGAAAAUGAUGAAAUUUCAGAAGACCUAUUGAUGAAUGAUUUGAUACCAGAUCAAAGACUCAAAUAUUCCAUCGUUCCGGUACCACAUUUUAAUCCUUCUGACAAAUUUGCAAGCAAUUUAAUCAAGUUAACGAGAGAGCAUUCAGAGGGAGAAUUGAUGCUACAUCCUGACAAUACCAUAGUAUUAUCAAGCACGAUGGAUGUCAUUAAACAAUUUGACAAGUUGGGCUAUUCUGUAAUUACUGCAGAAAUGCAAAGAUGCAAUGGCACUAAUGAGAAGGAGUAUGAACUUGUAGCAAAUCUUCCUGUUCAAGUAUUAACCAAAAUGGUUGAUGAAGUAGGUGACGGUCAUGCAAGUCACAAGAAUUGGCCUCUCAGCAAAAUUGUGGAGUCAGACAUGCACAGAACUACAAAAUCAACAUGGAUCGAUUUUAUUGAUGUUCCAAAAAGAAUAUUUCGAUUAUGGAACGAUCCUAUUUUGAACGACUCUGGUUCGUUAACUGAGACGCGUAACUAUGAUACGUAUGCAUGGGAAAUGUCUAACACGACAGUCAUUAAUUUGAAAUGGAACGAUAUAAAGAAUUUUGUGAAAACUGGAAAAAUUGUUGAUGAAGGAUGUGCCGAUGGAGCAUUGCUACUUUGUAUUUCUAAAGAUUACCCGGAUUGUGACUUGAUUGGUGUUGAAAUUACCACCGAAUUUUUAGCUCGAUGUCAUGAAAGACAGAGACUAGGACAGUUUGGUUCAAGUUUUGUUUUCUUUCAUCAACGAAACAUUACCAAGCCGAUAUUUGAGGACAAUAGCAUUGACACUACUAUCUGCAAUAGUACCAUUCAUGAAUUGUACUCAUACUCACCCGUUGGAACUCAAGAAAAAGUCGUCAAAGACUAUUUACAGUUCAAGUUUAAUCAAUUAAGACCUGGUGGACGACUCAUUGUUCGAGAUGUGAUUGGACCUGAAGAAAAAGACAAAACUGUAUUAUUGUGGCUCAAUCACAAAGAUGGUAAAAACUAUUGGCUUCCUUCAGAUCCACAACAACAAAGAUUAGAAUAUGAACACAAGGUACAAACGACAGUGAAAGGCCACACUGGAGCCAUGCUUCAGUUAUUGAACGAGCUUUCCACUUUUGCAUUAUUCGAUCGUUUUGUCAAAGAUUUUGAUUUUAGUAAGGAAAUCUACAACACCAUGGAGUACUAUGAAAUCGAUGGAGAAUAUUUUGUGAAAACAACAUUACGAGGAGCCGCCGAGUUCAUGCUCACAAAAGAUUAUCACAACAAUUGGGAAAGUGAAAUGCAUGAAACAUUUACAUUUUGGUCCUUGUCCGAUUGGAAGCGUGAAUUGAAUCGAAUUGGAUUUAAAGUCAUUGAAACAGCUGAGAGCAGUAGUGCCAAUCCAGUGGCUGCCACUCGUUCCUAUACGAAUGAAUGGAUUGCAAAACAUAGAUUUGAGGGACAUUGCAAGAUUUAUGAAUGCCCAAAAAUGGAUGACCAUCAAGAGGCUCUUUCGUUGAAAACUCUGAAAGAAUUGCCUCAACCUCCAACGAAUGUGAUUAUUGUAUCAGAAAAACCGUCCUAUGAAUACGAGCUGAUGUAA